AUGAAUACCAUUGAAGAAAUUGACAUAGAUUACUUGAUUACAUUGAUACAGGAAAGGGAAAUUAUAUGGGACAAGUCAAACGUAGAUUUUAAAAAUAAAAAUUUAAAAACAAAAGCCUGGGAAGACAUAUCAAAAGUUUUAUUUCCUGAUUACGAGAAUUUCACAGCUGAACGAAAAAAUAAAGUUGGUAAUGAUUUAAUAAAAAAAUGGAGAAGUGUAAAAGAUAAUUACUUCAGAUAUUCAAAAAAAUUAAAAGAAGCAUCAAAAUCGGGCUCGGGCGCUACGAAACUGAAGAAGUAUCAUUUAUACAAUCAACUCCUUUUUUUGAGAAAAGUGGAACAAAAUGCCACCGAAUCUAGCUUAGACUCGCCUAGAGAAAUCAACAAUGAAUCUACGUCUACAAAUGAUGACAUUACCACAGACAACACUCCGCGCUAUGUUCCAGUCGCGCGCAAAAGGGCAAUGCAAAUGGAUGAGUUUGAAAGAGAAGGACUAAAACUUCUCAAGGAGCCGGAAAAUCGCCAUAUGUCCUUUUUCAGAGCUAUAUUGCCAUCUAUUCAAGAAUUUUCCGACCGAGAAACUCUCCGUUUCCAAAGUAAAGUUAUACAAAUUAUAGAUGAAAUGCGGUAUGGACAAACAUCAUCAUAUGUGAGUGGCCCAUCAACGUCUCACCAACCACCAUAUGGGUAUCAAACAGCAAAUUUUCAAAGUACAUACAUUUCUGAUUUUAAUAAUUCAAUUACAUCUCCAGAAACAUCUCAAGCAAUUGAAGAAACUGAAUACGAUUUUUCUAAUUUGUAAUUACUGGAUGAUAUCUCUCUUAAAUAAUGUCUAAAUUUAAAAUUAUGACAAUUGCUGAUUAUUUGUGAGUUGAUUACUCUCUUAAAUAAUGUCUAAAUUUAAAAUUAUGACAAUUGCUGAUUAUUUGUGAGUUGAUUACUAAUUAAACAAACCAAAAAAACUGU